AUGACUAUCGGGAUUUUUGGCACGUGGGACCAUCAGUUCAAUGCCACUGAGCAAGCACUCACAGAUAAGAUCAAGAACAACCCUUGCUAUCCAUUCACUAUAGUGAAGGACGAAGCUUACCUCUUCCUGGUUCAGGACCAUCACAAGUAUACUGGGUUCCUGGUGUUCAGCAUGUGUCUCUCUCUGUGGCUGGUCUGUUCCGGGGCCUUCCGCCGGCGCCUGGUGAUCGAUCACAAGAAGAAGGAGUACCGCUACUACAUCCACACACACCUACGCCACAGGGGCCCCUUGCACCAGAUCUACAUACGCAUGAUAGCGCAGAAGAGUGGACAGGUACUGCUGAUGUACAAGCUGAUGCUGAAUGGAUACAAGAUUGAAGAGAGGGAACUCAGUGGCUUCUCAGAGAAAUAUGAGCUGUUGGAGUGCCAGGGCAGGAGGAUAGCGACGAAACUCAACCUCAAUUACUUUGACUACCAGGACACUUCUAAACGCCACCUUGUCAUCCACAGGCCCAAAAUCAUCCUGUCUGCUAACAAUGAUCGCAACAAUCCACCUGUCUGAGGAUGAGGAAGUUCCUCUGUGAUCAAUCACGUGGUGCUGUCAGUGUUCCUGCCAUGUUGCCUUUACCCUAUCCUUAUUCCAUAAACAGACCAAAUUUAAAUAUUGUGUUUCUAACUGUAAUCAAAUGUCUCUGUCUUUUUCAUGAUAGUUUUCUGAAAUAUCUCUUGAAAUCAUUGAUUUGGUCUUCAUCCUGUAACACCAACACAGUUCUUGAGAAUGUAAGAAUGAGACACUAACAAUGUUUUACUAGCCAGUUCCCGCCUUCCUUCUAGAAUGACCCAAUGAAAAUACAGAAACAGACAUUCACAUAAAUUAACAGGGCCAGUGUGUUUAUCACAGCGCAGCGGUCUAAGGCACUGCAUCUCAGUGCGUCACUACAGACAACCUG